UAUUGUGGUGUUUGUUUUUUCUACUCCUCUUUUUAAGUAAAUCACUUCAUAUCUCUCUAUCUUUCUUCUUCUUCUUCUUCUUAUUUGUCUGCUCUUCUUGUUUUGAUUUGUAUGAGUGCUGAGAUUCAAUGGCUUCAAAGUUCAUAAAAUGUGUAACUGUUGGAGAUGGCGCCGUUGGUAAAACCUGUAUGCUCAUCUGCUACACCAGCAACAAAUUCCCUACUGACUACAUACCAACAGUGUUUGACAACUUUAGUGCAAACGUUGUAGUUGAAGGCACCACUGUGAACUUAGGACUAUGGGACACUGCUGGGCAAGAAGACUAUAACAGAUUAAGGCCUUUAAGUUACAGAGGAGCAGAUGUUUUCGUCUUGUCUUUCUCAUUGGUCAGCCGAGCUAGCUACGAGAAUGUCUUUAAAAAGUGGAUCCCUGAACUCCAGCACUUUGCCCCCGGAGUUCCAUUAGUCCUUGUUGGUACCAAAUUAGAUCUCCGUGAAGAUAGGCACUAUUUGGCUGACCACCCUGGACUAUCUCCUGUAACCACUGCACAGGGAGAGGAACUGCGUAAGCUAAUUGGAGCAACAUAUUACAUUGAAUGCAGCUCAAAAACUCAACAGAACGUGAAAGCAGUUUUUGAUUCUGCAAUCAAGGAAGUGAUCAAACCGGUGGUUAAACAAAAGGAGAAGACAAAGAAGAAGAAGAAGCAAAAGUCAACACAUGGGUGUUUAUCCAUUCUCUGUGGGAGGAUGGUGACUCGGCAUUGAUGAUGAUGAUCUUACAUUUCACUUUUGAGUUUGUGUGAUAAAUGAGAGACAUAUAUAUAGACGAGGUAAUAGAAGAAAGAUUAUUAGCCUCUAAUCAAUCAAAUAGUUUACAUUGAAGAGAGAAAGAGUCAGAGAGCUUACUAUUAUUAACUCAAUUAUGUUUAUUUGUUUCAAACCUGUUAUUGCAAUAUAUUAGUCAUUUUCUUGUAACAAA